AUGGAUACGGGUUUCCCGAAACUCUCGCGUUUUGUGGAUCGAACGAAACAGGUGCUCUCCCGGAAGCCCCGCUCGCCGAGUCAGAGGGUGGAGCACCCGCAAGGCCUGGAGGUUGUCUCUGAGGGGCAGGACCCGAUCAUCGACAUCGUCGCACUGCAUGGUCUCAACGGCCACCGAGAGAAAACAUGGACGGCGGAGAAUGGCGUCCACUGGCUCCGAGACCUGCUCCCCGAAGACCUCCCACAAGCUCGUAUUCUCUGCUGGGGCUACGACGCCAAUACCCAUGCCACUGACCGAGUGAGCUGGCAGUAUCUCUACGACCACGCGAGAACUCUGGUGUCCGAUCUGUGCAGGAAGCGAAAAUUGACGAAUGGCGGCAACGGCGUGCAGCUGGGGCGAGUUCUCGCUAAUGUGGCGUCCCUUUUCGUUGCGGCCAACGGCCGACUCCUGAAACAUCUCGAGCGAGAUUCGGAGUGGUUGCAGCAGCAGCUGGGACAAUACGCACCGAUCAGCAACCACUUUGUGACAAAGUAUGCCUUCGAAGAGUAUUCGACUCCAACAGUUCUGGGGCAUAGAAUCCUGAGCUUCCGGAAUGCAGCUGUAAGGAUCCUCCGGCAGCACCCUGCCGUGAGCUACAUGCAGACCACGGUGUCGGACAAAGAUGGUGAUGCAUCGCUGGCUGUCAGGAGGUGGCUGGACGAACCGACGAAUGAACGAUGGCUAUUGAUCUACGACAACUAUGACCACCCCAAGAUGGGAGGCGACAACGAGGAAGCUCCCGCGGGAGACGGCGGCAACUCAGACCGGCAUAGCGAGGCGGAUCAACCGGCACUAGAGGGGUACGAUAUUCGCCAGUACCUCCCUGAUACGGACCAUGGAACGGUCAUCGUGACGACACGAUCAUCAACAGUUCAGAUCGGCGAGGUUCUGCGAUUGCAAAAAUUGCGCAAGAUAGAAGACAGUCUCCGCAUUCUCGAGUCAACAUCGGGUCGCACUGGAGCCCAAGACGAUGUUGCCGCCGUUGCCCUCGCCCGCAAGCUCGACGGUCUACCGCUCGCCUUAUCGACGGCCGGUGCAUAUCUCACGCAGGAUUACGAGAGCGCGUGGGGUCAGUUGCAGAAGCUAAGCCCACAACUCCUCACGUACGAGAAUCGUGCCAUGUACUCGACCUGGAACAUCUCAUUUGCGAGUAUCCAGCGCCAGAGCGAAUCCGCCGCGAUGCUUCUGCGAUUGUGGGCAUUCUUCGGCAACGAAGACUUGUGGUACGAGUUACUACAGCAAGGAGGUACAAGAAGAGAUGAGCCGGAGUGGAAGUGGCUCCAAGAUCUUACAGAGACCCGGCUCGCAUUCGAGCAAAACAUGCGGGUGCUCUGCGGUCACGGACUCGUGGAAGUGCAUUCGAUAACAGCGCAAACGGGGUCGGGGUUGGGUGGCUAUAGCGUACACGCUUACGAGCAAGACUUGGCAAAGCUGGCCAUGGAGUGUACGAGCCUGUGUCUGCCGGAACCAGAGAUUCCGGAGUACUGGUUGAUUGAACGCCGACUUUUGCUCCACGCUGAUCGAUGCCGACAAUUACUAGGCGAGGUUGAUAACGAUGGGAGUAGAGGCUGGAUGCUAGCAACCCUCGGUAUCCUCUACGCGAGCCAGGGGCGAUAUGACGAGGCCGAGGCGAUGUUCAAGCGGGCACUGGAAGGUAAGGAGAAGGUGUGGGGACGGGAGCAUAUAUCCAGGCUCGACACAGUUAAUAACCUCGGAGCCCUCUAUGAGAGCCAAGGGCGGUAUAAGGAGGCCGAGGCGAUGUUCAAGCGGGCGCUGAAAAGCAGUAAGAAGGUGUGCGGAUGGGAGCAUAUAUCGACGUUCCAAACAGUCAACCACCUCGGAGUCCUCUAUGGGAGCCAAGGGCAAUAUAAGGAGGCCGAGGCGAUGUUCGAGCAGGCGCUAGAAGGCAGUGAGAAGGUGUGCGGAUGGGAGCAUCCAUUGACGUUCCAAACGGUCAACAACCUCGGAAUCCUCUAUGGGAGCCAAGGGCGAUAUGAGGAGGCCGAGGUGAUGUUGAAGCGGGCGCUAGAAGGUAAGGAGAAGGUGUACGGAUGGGAGCAUCCAUCGACGUUCCAAACGGUCAACAACCUCGGAAUCAUCUAUGAGAGACAAGAGCGAUGUGAGGAGGCCGAGGCGAUGUUCAAGCGGGCGCUGGAAGGUAAGGAGAAGGUGUGGGGACCGGAGCAUAUAUCAACGCUUGCUACAGUUAACAAUCUCGGAGUCCUCUAUAAGUACCAAGGGCGAUAUGAGGAGGCCGAGACGAUGUAUAAGCGGGCGCUAGAAGGCUACGAAAAGGUAUGGGGACCGGAUCACAUAUCGACACUCGAUACAGUUCACAAUCUCGGAGUCCUCUAUAAGGACCAAGGGCGAUAUGAGCAGGCUGAAGCGAUGUAUAAACGGGCCCUAGAAGGCUGCGAGGCUGCCUAG